CUUUCUCAGUGGGAUGUGCAGUAGCGUUUUCGGUUCUCUCUAGCUCCGUUCCCUCUUGACCACCAUCGAGAGGACACAGCGCACAAGAUGCUCCAUCACCACACGGAUGCUCUUGUUGCGCCCGUUUUUAUACCCCAGCACUCCCGCCCACCACCUGCUACCGCCGAACUAGCCGCCAUCUCCUCUUCUCCUACCCAGGUGUCGCCGAGCCCACCCGCCUGGCACAGGAAACCCGAUCGUCCCGGAUCUGCCACCGCAGUGGCCCGCUCUGCCUCUGAGGAGUUCCCGACCCCAUUUUUCGACACCCGGGACCGCCAGUGUCGUUCGUUCAGCCAUCCAUCGGCCCGCGCCAUCUACCCAUCGCCUCCGAGUCCCUCGGGCGACCGCGCUCGCAAGAGCAGCGUUCCCCUCCCGGACGAUGAGGCGCCGGGUUCUGGCUACCUGCCGGUGUACGCGGCAGGUCUCGACGCCGUGUUGGACUCCCCGGAGGUCAUGCACCGCGUCGACCUCGCUGGAUACAAGCCGUUGACGCCACCUCCGACGCAGCGUCACCCGACGCAGGCACUUCCUGAUGAUGAUGACGAUGAAGAAGAGGACGACGACGAGCAGUGUACGGAUGAUGUCCCCGGUGGACAUGGUACGGAGGAGGAAGAGGAUGAAGACGGCGACGGUGACUUUUAUGACGAUGACGAUGGUGAUGAGGACAUGGAUAUUGUGGACGACGAAGAAUGCGAGGCAGAGGCUCAAGUAAAUGAGGUUCCCCCUGUACUCGAGGAGGACUCGACGACUGACCAGCCCCCUUCGCCCUUGUCACCCGAAUGGCUCUCGCCGUUCGACGACGCUAAUUCCGCCCUUUUGAACGAUUCUUCAUCCCAUCCCUCGACGAGCAGCAACGAUGACUUUUGGAUGCCGCUGUGGUCGCCCGAGUCUCCCCGCGCCGGCAAGAGCGGAGACCUUCUGCCGCCAGAUCUGAACAUGGACCACGACGAUGAGGAUGAGGAUGAAGACGACGAUGAUGACGACGAUGCCCUGAACGACCUUCCACGACUUGAUUUCUCCCCUAUUCGCGACCACCUCUGCCCCAACCCAUCGGCAUAUCAUCACCAUCAUCGAUCGCCCAGCCCCCUAUUUCGCCGAGACGAUGAGCACGAGCCACGAGACUUCUGCCCACCCAGCUCGCCGUCAAUAUCCAGCCUCGAUCUGCCCGAGCUUGACGAUGAACCGCCGCUCGUAAUGCCUGAGUCCCCCUCGAUUCGCUCUGCAGCUAUCCUCCCGGAUAGCGACGUGAUCAUGGUCGAAGCUCCCCACCCUCUCUCCAUCAUCUCGCCGAGCCAGGGCCUGCUCUCCCUUCCCGGUGGAGACGUCGACGAUGACCUCCUCCCCGCGCUCUCGGCCUCCCCCGGCGCACUCUUCGUCCCACCGCUGACGCCGAGCGAGCCACUGCUGCUGCUCGAGGACCCGCAGGACGUGCCGUUCCCGCGCUCGCCGAGCCCCGAGGACUUUGACCUCGGCUUUGGUUUUGGCUUGAGCGCGGACGACGGCAGCGCCAGCGCGGGCGUCGAGCAUCCGGAGGCGGGCAGGCUGCUCGAGCUCCGGAGGCGGUCGAUCGCGGCGGAGCGCGCGGCGUCUAGGCUGGAGCAUGCGGCGGUUAGUGGUGGGGUGGAUGUGGAUCUGAUGACGCGGGCGGAGGCGAGGCGGAUACGGAGGCGGGAGAAGGAGAGGAGUAGGGAGGUUAGUGCGCUGUUGAGGCUGAAGAUGGACGAGUGGUGUGGGGCUGGUGUUGGUGUUGGGGCUGGGGCCGGUAGCACGCCGGUUCCGGCUUCGACGUCGACGGGUUCGGGUGACGUCGAGGGUAGCCUUGGCGAAGGGUCGAGUUCGAGUUCGAGUUUGGGUUCGAGUGCGAGCGGUGGGCUCGGGGGCUCUCCAGAGAAGGAGCGGAAAAGCAAGCGCGCGUGCAUGUUUGGGAGCGUACGCCACCUCGUCGCGCAGAUGUAUUUCCGGCGCAGCGACGUCUCACGCCCGAUCACGAAGCGCAGGCCGGCGGCGCCGCAGGAGUACGUCAGGUCCUCGCUGUCGCAUUCUGUCUCUACUACGCCGCUCGAUGCUGCUGCCGAUGUUGAUGCUGAUGUCGAUGCCGACGACAGCGAAAGCGAAGGCAGCGGCGAUGAGCGCGAUGUGGACAUGAGCGUGUCGGAGAUGGAUCUCGCCUGAGGGUUUCGUAGUCAAAAAAAAUAUGGAUUAGGCUCGGAUGUCUACGGACUUUUUCUUAUUUUCAAGACAAGAAAGGCGGCCUAUGCUGCCCUGUACGCUAUGCUUUCCGAUCUACGAAUCAUCUAUGUCUGCUCGCUCUGCUUUUCGCUUUCCUGUCCUAUCCUCUCGUCUCCCCAUCUCGUCUCCCCCCCAUCUCACGCCGCUCUAUUGGUCAUCUCAUGGUCAUCGGUUCUCUCUCGUCUCUCGGUCUGUAUGCAUCCUUGUAUCUUCUAGCUGCAUACCCCACGCACGCAUGCACUCCCGCGCACUCGUCAGUCACCCUUCGGUAUCGGUAUCAUCUACGGAACUCUCUAUCUGUGCCCCAUCUAUCCCCACCCCCAUCCCAUCUAUCCAAUGCCCCUCACUCCAUCCUCCUCGUCUGUAUACUUGCUUGCCGCGCCCCGCCUCGUCUCGCCUUGUUUCGCGUGUAGAGGAGCAGGCUCGGCGUCUAUGUUCGCAUCAAACCUACGUAUGAGAAACGUUGUUGUCUUUGGAUCGUGAUCGGUCGCAUUUCCUUGCGCCUCGUGAAUCCCUCCCUCCUUGUGCCCUCCCCUUCGACGCGGCGUUUGCUCCUAGGCAAGCAGUCAGGCGACGCGGGUGGGCUGUGGAUACGGUGAGACUAAUGUGUUGCUCGCGGUGGGUUUUGCGUGCGUGGUAUGGGAUAUGGCCACUAUUCAUCGUUCUUGCUUUUUCUGCUUUCAAGUUCUUGGAUAUGAACGUGGAUAUGUUUUGAUGCUGGAUUGGAGCGGCGCGGCGUGGAGUGGAGUGGAGUGGAUUUUACAGUUUCACAUGGCAUGGUCGUGGUGUGUUCAGCGUUUUGGCGCCUGUUCUUUUGAAGCAUUGGCAUUUUUGCAUUUUGCAUUGCGAACAUGGCCCGUGGACCUUUUAGAGACCAGGGACCGUUUUUGCAUUAUCUUUUUUUUCUGCUUUCUUUCCUUUCUCCCUUCUUUUUCUUUUGCUUCUUGUUGUACAUAUAUUUUGAUUGUUCUGCUGCUCUCGGGCCGAUCCAUUGAUUCGACCGCGUCGAGUCUUGGAUUAGGCUACGCACCGUAGUUAUGUCUCGUUUGCUUGUUUCAUUUUUCCCUUGAUCUUUCUUCAUCUCCUUCUCUGAUCUUUCUGCUCGAGGAUUUAGAUGUCUUGGAUACGUGCUCGAAAUCCACCAUGUAGUAGUAGUAAUGAUCCGUGGCAUUGUC